AUGAAUUUUGGCAAAGAAACAAUUUCCAUCCCCUGCUAUGACCAUAUCAUACUAGGAGAUGACCUGCAAGCAGCUCUACGAGAGAAGGAUAGGCUCGACUGGGGCGAGGAUUGGGGCUGGUCAGACGAAGACAAAGGUGUACCGAUCUCAGCUUUGGUAAAUAAAUUCGUUGAGUUAGAGAACGUGGAAGAAAAGAAUAUCCGCCCAGACGCGAAUUACCGCAGGACAAUCCAGGCAAUCUAUACUACUCAGACUGCCAAACGACUUGUGCAGACCAUGAAGGUCAUGCACCGUGUAGGCAUUCUCAACCGGGAUAUCAACAGUACCAACAUCGCUCAGGGGAAAUUCAUAGCGUUCAGCUGCACAUGA